UAACAAUUAGCUUUUGAAAAUAAUUUUCUGGUGGACAUUUUUCAAAUAUACAUAUUUUGCAAACGACUAUGUAAAAUUACAUACUUUAUAAUCACACUCAAUAUUUUAGACAGUCUGACGUUGGAAAUGGAUAAUUACACCAAUGAAAACAAUACAGUAACUAAAUUGAAAGUAGAUUUGCGUAAAAAGUUUACGGAAUUGCGAGCAGCUCUUCAUGUGCGGGAAAAAUUAUUACUCCGGCAAUUAGAAGUCGUAGCAUCUACAAAGCAGCGUUUGACUGAAUGUGGGUCCGAAAAUAGCUCUAUUACCAGACCCAAAUCUGAUGAAGAAAAUUGCAUACAAAUUUUUUUUGAAAACGAAGACGAAUUACUGGGAUCAAUACGUUCGUUCGGUCGUUUUCAAUUAGGGUCCAUGGUGCUGGCGUUAAAACAAGAGGACUAUAUAACUCCAAACUGUGACCACGAAAUAAUGUACAAAAAUAUACAAUCCGAUGUUAAUCAAUAUGACGAAUUACCUCAACAAGUUUAUGAUCAUCUUGUGGUUGAUUUUUCGAAGGAUAAAUCUCUAAUUGAACAUAAUACAAAAUACAUAAACGAUUCAAUAGUUAACAUCACACUAGCGGAAGCUAAAGAUCUUAUAAGAAACGCGCGCAUUAAGAAUGAGGUGCCGUUACCACCUUUAAAUCUAGAGGAGUUAGAUGACGAGCUGGAAUCGUCUAUCGUUGAAGCAGUUUCCAACUUAAGUAGAGAUUCUAAUAUCAAUAUAAGUGAGGGAUUUAGGCCAAAUUCCUCAGAUGCGCGCGAAAAAAGAACUAAAUUAUGUCGGUCUAAACAAGAGAUCACUAUCAACAAUUGUAGUGGGACUAUUAACCUUCGGAAUAUAUCAAAUGUUACAAUAAAUUGCGGUCACGAUAAAUGUGAGCUUGGUG